UGUUCUUUAUUCUAUGUCUCAGAUGGCGCAUCGAUCGGGAGAUUUGUCUGGGAGGUGGGGAGGUCUGCAGAGCAUUUCGAAUUGAUAAUGAUAAAUCUUAGCCACGGACAAAGGAGUCACUCUCAGCGAUGAAUACUACUACUGAAGUCAAAGUCUGCCUCCUUGGAGACUCCGGCGUUGGGAAAUCGAGCAUCCUCCAGCGGUUUGUGUACAAUACGUUUAAUUCCAGCGCGGAGAGCACUAUAGGGGCAUCAUUUAUGAUGAAAAACCUGGUGUUGCAUGACCGUACAUUCAAAUUUAAUAUUUGGGACACCGCUGGCCAAGAAAGGUAUCGAGCUUUGGCUCCAAUGUACUACCGAGGUGCUGGGGCUGCUGUCAUUGUUUAUGAUAUCACGUCCAUGGAGAGUUUCAAUGCAGUGCAGAGUUGGGUGCGAGAGUUACAGCUUCAUGGGGAUCCAAACAUUGCCCUGGGUAUAGCUGGCAACAAGUGUGACUUGGAAGAUCAUCGAGAAGUGAGUUUAGCAACUGGAGAGUCAUACGCCCACCAGCAUGGCGCAGUUUUUGUUGAGACUAGCGCUCUUAAGGCCACUAAUAUCCAGGAACUUUUCAUGGGAAUUGCCAUGAAGGUGCCCGUAGCCCAAGGAGUACGGCAACCAGAACUGAAGCUUAGCCUCAGAAAGAAUGCGAGCAAGAAGUGUUGCUGAAGCUGAGGAUUAAAGUCACGCAUCUUGGUUCAGAGACAUAAGGAACAAACAGACCUUGUUUGCCAAAUGGCUCAUUGCCUUGCUUCCUGUGCUUGAAGCCCGCCACAAGCCUUGUGCAUUCCGAGUCAUGAGGCUGAACACGUCCACGCUGUAGGAAGUGCAACGCACAUUUUGGCCAUUGUCCUUGGUUAUGUUCCAUCUUUGUGCUGUGAUGUAUUUUAUUGUUAAGUGCUGCAACUGUACAUUUUUCUCUUUCACCUGAACCUUUUGUAAAAUAUGAUACUUAUAGUAUCGAAAACAGUGAACACUUUGUUUACACGACCUUUCUGUUACUCAGCUACGGAAAGGUGCUGUAUGUGGUUUCGCACAGCCUUGUAAAGGAUAUGCGCAGGGGUCCAUAUGUCGUAAGCACUUCUGUGAGAAAUGAUUCACUUAGCUGUAAUUAGCGCCAGUCAUAGGUCUAUGUUUUUCAUAUAGUACAUAGAGGGCACACUCUAUAAUACCUCGUUGGACACCCCAGAGAAAUAAAAUACUUGAGAAUGGUAACACCUGAAGAUCUUGCUUCUGGGUGGGCUACUUUCUCAUAAGGUAUAUAUUUUAAAUUAUUUUACACCUGUGAUAAGCAGUGCUUUCCCAUUUGUGAAAUGCAGUCACUGCAGUGAACUGGCAAGUACUCCUUAUUGCUUGGUUCUGCUUCCAUUUCAAUGAGCUCAAUGGCAAGCCAUGUGAUCUUUGAUUGCUUCUAGAGCACACCCAUUGCUGCUGCCUCCACGGCUUCGGCUUGCAUGUUGACUGUAUACUGGUGCACAGAACUUGUGUUUUUUUUUUUUUUAGACGUAUACUUGAUAUGUGUGAAAAGCAAAAUAAACAUCAGUGAACACUGUUUCAUUGUGUUGCAGUAGCAGACUGCAGUUUGCUCACGCCAUUCUAUGGUUUUGUUUUAGCUCGGACGAUACAUUAGUUUGAUUUUUAUUUAUAAAUGUGUUUGAUGCCUUUAUUUAAUGAAAAUAUUUUUCUCUUGUAGAUCACUUUACUAGAAGCCAGACUCAUAAUAGCAAAUGUUUGCUAUGUGUUUGUCAUGUGAGGUAUUCAGGGGACGUAUUCUGUGACGAUCCACUUCGGCGAUACUAUCGCCUUGGCCAUCAGGCACGUGCUGAUUGGCAUUGCCUUGGCCAUCAGGCACGUGCUGAUUGGCUGGUUGAGCAAAAUCAGAUGACGUAGUGUUCAACCAGCCAAUCAGCUCAUACAAUUUUGCUCAACCAGCCCAUCAGCACUCUUCUGAUGGCCACUGGCGUGGCCAAGGCAAUAGUAUCGCCAAAGUGAAUCGUCGCAUAAUACGUCCCCAGUUGCGUGUGGUAUCCACUUGAUUGUUCAUGACCACUUGCCUGUACAAUGCAUGCAGAAGAAUUUGCUUUUGUAAGUGUUCCAAAGAUGUUGAUUGGUUGUCACGGCUCUUAUUUCACACAAAUUGCUUCAAGGAAAAUGUUGAAUCGCUCAUUAGUGAGGCUCUAAAUGCUAGGCUAAACUAAUUUUUCUAAGGUUCUCUAAUGAAAGUUCUUAGAAAUGUAGAGUUCGUAAGCUUAAUCAUUCAUUUUGCAAGUGUGAUUCUACCUUGACAGAAGCUCUUUCAUUGCUUAACGUUUUGAAGAACAUGCCAUGUAAAACUAGCCUUUGCAUAGAAGGCAGUAAGCAGUAGGACGCAUAUAUUUUUGGUACAUUCUGAUUCUACGCCCAUGUGUGAUCAGGAAAACUGGCAUGUGAGCCAAGUCUCUGCAUUUUCCUCUGAGGAACUCGUGACAAUCAGUCCAACAGAAAUGUUACAAAUGGUUUUAUGUGCAUUAUUGCAUCUAGUUGCAGCAAAUGCCACCCGCAGCAGUGGCUUAGUACCUAUGAUAUUGUGUUGCUGGGCAUGAGGUCGCAGGUUAUGUUUUUGGCUACGGCUGUCAUUCCGAUGGGGUGGAGUGCCAAAAUGUUUCUUUACUGUGCUUUGGAUGCAAAUUAAGAACCCCAGGGGGUCAAAAUUAAUUUGGAGCUCUUCACUACGCUGUCCUUCGUAGCACAUUGUGCAGCUUCAAGACUUUAAACCCCACAGUUUAGUGUAUGUUUAACAAAUGCCACAGCCAUGAAUGAGCCCUGGGUCUUGUAUUAACAUGUAUGAGGCAUUAGUGACAUGAUGAUAAUCCUUUUCCGCUGUUUUCGUUUUUAGUAAGCUAAAUGUUUUGUUCCUUCAUAUGACCACAGCAAGUGAAGGUUGUCUAAUGUUUGUUUUGCAUGAUUCUGUAGAUUCUGCAAGUCAGUAUUGCCCAUCAGUGUUGGAAAACUAAAGUAUUGAAUGGGAUGUGAAAUAUAAUUGGUGAGAUUUAAUGUCCCAAAGCAACAAAGGGGCUAUGAUAGACAUUAUAGUGGAGGGCUCUAGAUUAAUUCUGACCACUUGAUGAUAACUGACACAGCAAUUCUCUGAGGUCAUUUAUUUGUUGCUCUGUAGAUUGUUGCUUUGCUCGCACAAUUGUGUAUUAUUUAAAAUUCAAACAAGAUUCCUUUGUUCUUGUUUGUUUUGUUUGUUUGUUAAAAAAUAUGACAUUUGCUUGGAUAGUUUGUAGUGCUUAGCUCAUAUAAUAGUAUUACAGUUCCAUUUGCUUGUCUGUGCUUUAUUCUUACCACUGGCCACUAAGGGUGAUAAUGGCUAGGCCUUCUUCUGUUUGAGCCAGUGGCAAAUGGGGAAGAAAAAAAGAUUUUAUAUUUAUUUCCCAGGGGAAUUAGAAAGGAACUUUUUAUUUUUCUCUUUGGUCUCUAUAUCAUUGUUCAGAUGCCAUAGAAAAGGUUGAGAGACUCAUUUACUGUUAUUUAGUGUUGUAUGGUGCGGUCUACCAUUAGGGCCAACACAAGAGCACUUAGCUCACACUUCAGGACUUGCCAGUGUGGUCCACUGUGAAAGGAAACAUAAAUGUAUAACAUGUGCAAAUGUUUUCCUCUGGCAAAUGUGCAAUUGCCUGGCUUUGCACCAGCCACAAGAUAACUUGUGGUUUGUGGCUCCGGCGCCUUUCUACACCCCUGUGCAGUGCAUAGCUUCAGCUAGCAUUUGCCGCUAGAGUGCCAACGAUUUGAGAGCCACACAUUGGGGUGCUCCCUUUAGCAGUGGGCUGCACUAUACCAGCAUGCCAAGAAAAACCAGCACUGUUUGUGAUGGAUCAUGUGCUGCAGAGCCACGUGCUUUCCAACUUGCCACUGAGGGAAAUUCACUCAUGCGACAUGCUUGUGUGUUCACUCUACAACACUUCAGUCCCUGGAUUGUCAUCACUGUCUGUUUUGCAAAUCAUCAUGACAAACUGCUUGUGUGAUUGUGAAAGUUUUGGUAGUGUG